GUGUGUGUGUGUGUGUGCGAUUUGUUCUGUGCCUGUCUGCAUGAGUCUGUUUCCAUCCUUGGCAGAAGAUCUCGUCACAUCAGAGGAGAAACAAGUAUAAUGACAUUGCGAUACACUCCACAACCAUCUGGAGAACCAAGUUGUGGUGGUCGUGGUGGGGGGGAGGGGGGUAAUGGUAAUGGUAGCGCAAGACAGUCAUUAAGAAAUUCAAAUCAUAUGCAAAGACAUGUUUAGUAGAACAGAAAAAACAGGACUGAUGCUGUCGUCAUGAGCUGGAAAUGCACAGGAGAUUUCAGGAGGCCGGGAAUCAGCAGGGCUGCUGUUGCUGAAUGCAAUUCCACAUAGCAGGAUAAAAAAUGAUGCAGGUGAAGUGAGUGGUACUGCGGUAGCCAUCGCCAGGCAAUGCUGCACUGAUGCGCUCUCUCUCUCUCGCUCUGCCUCCUUCUCCCUGUCUCUCUCAGUGUUUUGAACUGCUUAAAGUGAGGAGAGAACGAGAACGUGGAAGGGAAACAAUAAUAACAUUUCAGCUAUGAAUUUAGUAUAGUGCUGAUGUGAAGCUCGGACUGGUUUUUAGUGCAGCUGUGUUUUCAGGGAUGGGAUCUGUUGUUGGGAUGUAAGCUGGAGGAGCACAAACAAACGUCCAAACAAAAGGUUUUCUGACAGCAAUUAAGGUAAUUUUUUUCAGGAAAUGGGAUGCUGAUAAAGACUGCAAUCUUAACAGUAACAGUGAUCAGCUUGAGAAAUUACGUGAUCAAUAAUAAUUGUGUGCAUGAAUGUACAGAUGUAUUGCACGUACAGUAUUUCAAGUAGUGUGAAAGCAACUAUUUUGAACAUGACUGUGAAGCUAAAUGUGUAUGGCAGCGUCUCAUAAAGAGAAGCUUUUAUCACAGCAUCCUGUUCUUUUAAUUACGGUUAUGUGUAACAACAGUUUUAAGACCUUUGUAUGUAGCAAUCCUUUUCUAGUGACGGUUGAAGCAAGCUUUACAGUUAAGCAGUCAAGUUGCUGUCAAAACAGAAAUCCUGUUGAUAAAAACUGGGUCCAGAUGUCUGCAAUAUUAUUCACAGAUGGCUUGCUGUUGGACUACAAGGAGGUGUUUUGGCAGACAUGUUUUUCUCUCCAGACUAAUAAAGCUUAACUAAAUAGCCACUUUCCCAACUGUCAUCUUUUUUUUAAUGGUUGAAAGUGACUAUUAUGAAUGUUUUGGAGUUUGCAUGAGGCAACAGAAGAUUAUUGGUGCAUUGUAUUAGCAAAUAUAAAAAAGCAACCCCAGAACUCUUAGCCAAAACCGAGUAAUAAAAUAAAAACUACUGCUGGACAGUAUUUGGACACAAAUAUUUUCUAGUGUUAACCAUUUCUAAUGAUGGUACAAUGGGACAUUGAAGAUUAAAAACUGAGCAGUCACAUUCAAGUGUCUGCUUGAGGAAGAGGAAGGGGAGCAUCCUAACCAAAGUGGUGAAAUAAAUCCUCCAAUCUCUUCAGGAAGCAGAAAAACUUGAAAGAAAACAAAUCCACCAAGGGUGACGGUGAGGACACUUUGCAACAAGAGGGAUUGUGUUGUAUUGUUUUUUGAAUUGAGCAUUGUUCGAACAUUGUGUCAAUUGGAAAAGGAUUUGCAGCAGACAUGGGGGACUGUUCAGAGUACCAGCGGCUACCAAACAAGGAAGAGGAGAAGCUUGGCAGUAGCAUGCAGUCAGAUGAGGGUACAGACUGGCUCCUGGAACUCCUGACAGAGGUGCAGCUUCAGCAGUACUUCCUGUGUAUCCGCGACGACCUCAAUGUCACCCGCCUCUCUCACUUUGACUAUGUCAAGAAUGAGGACAUGGAAAAAAUUGGCAUGGGUCGACCUGGGCAGAGGCGGCUGUGGGAGGCAGUCAAAAGAAGGAGAGCACUGUGCAAACGCAAAUCCUGGAUGAGCAAGCCUCUGUCUCGCGCUCCUCAGGUGUUCAGCGGGAAGCGGCCUGACUCAGAGUUCCAGCCUCAGCCAGCCACUACCUUCCGCAAGGUGUGCACCCCGCCACCCCAGGACAGUCAGCAGGCUCUCACCUGCCUGAUCAGCGAGAAGGACUUGGUGCUAUUCGAGAAGCUGGGAGACGGCUCCUUCGGGGUCGUUAAGCGUGGAGAGUGGUUCACGCCCACGGGGAACGUGAUGAAUGUUGCUGUAAAAUGCUUGAAAACUGAUGUCCUCAACCAGCCAGACACAUUGGAUGACUUCAUCCAGGAAGUGAAUGCCAUGCACUCCCUCGACCACCAGAACCUGAUCCGGCUGUGUGGUGUGGUUCUCACACACCCCAUGAAAAUGGUAACUGAACUGGCACCUUUGGGCUCAAUGCUGGACCGUUUGAGAAAGAACCAGGGACAUUUCUUAAUAUCAACGCUUUGCCAGUAUGCCAUCCAGAUCGCCAACGGCAUGGCCUACCUGGAGUCAAAAAGGUUCAUCCACCGAGAUUUGGCUGCCAGGAAUAUCCUUCUAGCCUCUAAUGAACUGGUAAAGAUAGGUGACUUCGGACUCAUGAGGGCACUGCCCAAGAAUGAUGAUCACUACGUCAUGCAGGAACACCGCAAGGUCCCCUUUGCAUGGUGUGCCCCGGAGAGCCUAAAGACCCGCACUUUUUCACAUGCGAGUGACACCUGGAUGUUUGGUGUGACACUCUGGGAGAUGUGUACAUAUGGACAGGAGCCCUGGCUAGGACUCAAUGGCAGCCAGAUUCUCCAUAAGAUUGACAAGGAGGGAGAGAGGCUCUCCAAACCCGAGGACUGCCCCCAGGAUAUCUACAACGUGAUGCUACAGUGUUGGGCACAGAAACCGGACGACCGCCCUACCUUUGUAGCACUCCGAGAGUUUUUAGUGGAGACUAUGCCAACAGACAUGCUGGCGCUGCAGGAUUUUGAGGAACCGGACAAACUGCUUAUUCAGAUGAACGAUGUCAUUACAAUCAUUGAAGGCAGGGCUGAAAAUUACUGGUGGAGGGGCCAGAACAAGCGCACCCUGAAGGUGGGCCAGUUCCCCAGAAACACUGUGACAUCCGUGGCAGGACUGUCAGCCCAAGACAUCAGCCGGCCCCUUAAAAACAGCUUCAUCCACACAGGGCAUGGGGACACGAACCCUCAGCGCUGCUGGGGGUUUCCAGACAAGAUCGAUGACCUGUACUUGGGUAAUCCUAUGGACCCACCUGAUGUGCUGGGAAUGGAUACAAAUGCUGCCAGACCAACUCAGCUUCCAGGAAGGGCAAAAAAGGAGCCCCCGCCACGUCCCCCUCAGCCAGCCAUUCUAGGCAAGAAGCCCUGCUAUGACCCUGUUACUGAGGAGGAGGAUUUCAUGCAAACAGGCUUAAAGAAACUCUCCCUGAAAAAACAAGGACCAACCAAGGGGCUCAAACUGGUCAAACCAGCUGCGUGGGUCACUGGCACAAAGAUAAUUGACCGGCAGUGUUUUGGGAGCAAGCCAGCAGGUCCCCAAACCAAUGAGGUGUCUCUGAUUGACUUUGGAGAGGAGAUUCCUCCAACCAAUCCCUCACCAGUGGUGGAAAUACAUAUUCCAACUCUGGCUAAAUUAGCUUUGGAGGUGGACUCUAUACUUGACAAAACUCCACCCCAGAGUCCUACCAGGGUCCUUCCUCGACCCUUGCACCCUACACCUGUGGUUGACUGGGACUCCAAACCCCUGCCUCCCCCUCCUGUUUAUGACGAUGUAGCCCAGGAUGAGGAGGACAUAGAGGUCUCUUCCAUAAACAGCACUGAGCCUGUUCUGUUGGACGGGUCAUCAAAAUGUGGCACAGUGAAUCUCCAAAAACUUAAGAAGGGAGAGAACAGCUUUGGCUAUGUCCAAGAGACCGAUACAGGGGGAAAGCCCAAAUUGGAGGACAACCUCUUCCUGCCCAGCAAGCAGAGCCGACAGACCAACUUCUCAGUGUCUGCAGAGAUCUUCGAGGAGCUCCAGCAUGAGUGCAUGAAGAGACUGAACGUUCCUGUGGUCUCACCUCAACCCUCCCCGAGCCCCACAAACCUGGAGCCCCGCAAGCAAAUUGUCUUGUCUUUCUCUGAAGAGAAGCCACAGAUCCCGCCACGGAUACCCAUCCCACCUCGGCCCAUCAGAUGGAACGAUUAUGGCCGCUGGUCCGGGGAUCUGUCUCCAGCUUCGGGAGGCGAGGAUGAUAAACCCCCUCAGAUCCCACCACGAGACCCUUUAUCACAGCCCAAUUCCAGAACUCCAAGCCCCCUGAGUCUGAACGUGGGCUCCCCCCAGCAAAGGUCAAGCCUCUGCUCGACAGUAUCCUUUGGCUCCUACCUUUCCACCUCCCCAGGCAAGCUAAUGCCAACCACCCAGAGCUUUGCAUCGGACCCCAAAUAUGCCACACCCAAAGUCAUUCAAGCCCAGGGAAAGGACUGCACUAAGGGGCCAUGCAUCUUGCCAAUUGUCAAAGAUGGUAAAAAAGUCAGCAACACACACUACUACCUCCUCCCAGAGAGGCCUCCCUACCUGGACAAGUACGAGAAGUUUCUUAAGGAGACCGAAAACACGGAAGACGGUUCCACCAAACGCAGCACUGCCACAGCGACGGUACGACCCAUGGUCCAGGAGUCCGACUUCAAAGCUAACUUCUCCUCCAACAACAGCAACCUGGGGACCAAAACCACAAUGAAGACGACAUACAGCCUUCAAAAGAUCACCUUUGACGGGUCUGUUGGGAAGGCAGAGGGAGCCAGGCCUACUGACAAAAUCAGAUUGGUGCAGGAAACUGUUCACGGGGUAACAAUGGAAGAGUGCCAGGCGGCUCUACAGAACCACUGCUGGAAUGUCCACAAAGCUGUGCAGUACCUCAAGGUUGAGCAGUUGUUCUGUCUGGGGCUGAAGACAAGAGCAGAAUGUCUUAAAAUCUUAGAAACGUAUGACUGGAAUCUGGAACUGGCUAGCUCACAACUACUGGACUCCUAUAGCACACUGAGGCAAAGGCGAUGACAAACUACAAUUAAGAACUGAAAUCCUUCAGUUUUUUUGGCACCACUGGUUUUGUCUAUGGAAUGUGUGGACAGAGAAACUGCUGCUUGACUAGGAACAAAAUCUCAACAGGAUUAUUGAAUACAGUUCCUACCUACGUCCUGCUGUUUCCAUUUUAAUACUGUAUAUUCAGGCUAAAGGUCAAUGCCAACCAAUCCAGUAUUUCUUCUGAAAAAAGUUCUGCUUGUGUGUGUGUGUAUAUGUGUUUAUGUAUGUGUGUGUGUGUACUUCCAAACAGCGUGCUUUAUCUG